UUACAGGUAUUGGAGCUGCGUGGCAAUUUCUGAACGUGAUUAUGGUCGUAAAAGACAAAGUUACGUUCGAAACAGAAUUGGAAAACCUCCAAUCCAUUCUAACACCAAUAAUUUCGAUGUUGGAAGAAAUUGAACAGCUGAACAGGGAGGCGAAUCGUCCAAGGGAGGAGCUGGCUCCACUAAUAAGCAAAAUGGAAGAGGGCACGCAGCUUGUUUCUGAUUGUUCCAAAGUCCGCGGCUGCUUAAAUCUAUGCGGCAGGUAUUGUUGCAAGGCAAAACUAAAGGCAUUUACAAAGUCAUUUAAGAAUAUUUACUCCACGGUCAUGUUAGCUCAGAUUGCAAGAGAUCAAAAAGAUAACCGUAGGACUCAAAUGCUCCGCGAUGAUAUUCAGCCUACCAGCAACCGUGAUUUAUUUCUCCCUGCCCGGAAACUCUACAUUGCCUGGGUAGAAAAUCCUGAUUAUUGGAGGUGGAAUUCUGAUCAUCCAAAUAUCGGGGAGGUGGCUGAACUUGUUAAGGUGUAUUUUCUGGCAGUCAGCGGCUGGGUGGACACUAGCACCCUAGAAGAAAAUACCAGAUACGAGGCAUAUUUAGUGUAUAGUCUAAGGAAUAAUGCCACCGGGUUCAAGAACAAGCCUGUUGAGGUGUUCCUUAAUGUUAUCGGUCAUGAAGAUCAGAAUUCGAAGCAAAAGGUGUUCUUGGAAGCUCCGGCAACACCGUGGACUCCGGGGGAAACUUCCGUGACAUCCCCACUCUUGCAUGGACACUCUGUGCAGAGAGACGAUGGGUGGAAGGAGGUAAAAUUGGGUGAGUUCCUUAACGACCAGGACAAGGAGUUGGAGGUGGGUAUGAAUCAUACUGAAGGGAAACUCAAGACUGGCAUUGUCAUUCGAGGAAUCCAAAUAAGGCCUAAAUUGCAAAACUAAAAUACACAAUAAAUUAUCAAUUUCAUCUAAAAGAAUUACUUUUAUCUUAAAUAGUCACUAAAAUAAAAUAUUUUAAAAAUUAUAUAAAUUAAGUCUUUCAAGCAUUGAAAUAUUAUUCUUCAGAUUAAUCCUUAUACAUCGAUAAAAUUAAUAUUUCAAUGUAUGUAUUAAGAUGUUGGAUAUUCAAUACUUUAGCUAGAAAUUACUUAUAUAUAAUUUUUUUUUUAUUUUAAGGACUACUUUUAAGAAACAGUAAUACUUUAGAUAUCAAAUUGAUAGUUAAUUUACUCUUGAAAUAAGCAUGCUCAAUUUAUAAUAUGUUGUGUUUCUAUGUAUACUUUUGCUUGCCACAUGGCAAUUAAUAAAGCACACCCUCUCUAGAAUGGUGUGUAUGUACUUUCCUGUAUAUGUUGCUGAAUACAUUUAGCAAUUAAAUAAGCACGCCCACUCAUAAUGGUGUGUAUGUACUUUUCAUUUUAUAAGUCAAGUGUGUUGUACUUUUCUUUUUAAGUCAAAAUGAUGAGGUGUACUUUUUCUUUAUGAAAUUAGAAUGAUCAAUGUGUGCUUUA